CUGAGUCAUAUCUAUGAUAUUAUCUUGUUUCUAACACAAGCGAUCGUUUGGUGUGCAUUUCAAGUAGUUCAUCAAGUGAUGCUAGUAGGUGAGAAUUAACUAUUCUAUUCCAUUUCAUUCACAUUCUGCAUUGCAAACGUUUCUUGUGUCUUGAGUUGGCAGCCUUUCUUUUUUGGCUUGUAUGUCAUAUUCAACCCUACUGAAAACUAAACGUUCUAAUUAGCUUUGUUUACUGAGCACAAAUGUACUUUUGAAUAAAAAGGAAAAAUUCGCCAGUUAUUUAGUUUGGUUUGUGCAUCACUGAACAUUUUACUGGCAAUCAGUUGUAUCCUAAGCAAUGAGGGUGUUUCUUCGAAAGCAUGUGAAGCCUUAACGAAAUCUUUCAAGAGAACUAUUAAGGAAAACCUAGCAAAGUGUAAAUUCAAAAAAAUUUGCUCCGACGCGUUUUGUAAGUGCAAUAGUUUCUAUCCUUUCAUUUUUGUCCAAAAGAAUAACAUCACCACAGAAUAUACAAUUAAUUGGUUAUUUUGAGUAAAAAGCUUUUUAAUAUUCACCGCAAGGGGUUAGAGCAAAAAGUCCAUAUGACGUGCAGUAAAACUGGAAGUUGUUUCGAUAUUAAACAACACAAUGUUAAUAAAUACCACCUCUGCUUCGAAAGGGCAUAUCCAGGUGUCGUCACCUGCUUACAGGAAAUGUAAACACAACAAAUUUAUUAUUUUUCUUCUUGAGAAGAAAAAAAAGUAGUUUAAAGGCCAUAAAAAACAUUGUGGCUAAAGAGAAAUUGGUAAUACUAAAUUGAGACUGAACGCGCUGCUCAAAAAAGUCGUCAAAGAUCUGAAGCUUUUCCACAAAUUUUGUGAAGGGCGAUAAUAUGUCAUCUCUUGUUUUGCUGUUUGAUUACUACACGCAGCCAUCUUGAAAAUAUAUUGUGGAUUGAAUCAUUUCAAUUUCCGAUUUUCCGGUACCUGACAGCUCUUCUUCGGGUACCCUAAUAUAAGACAUACAGCAGUAAAAUAAUGAAAAUUUUGAGACAAAUGGAGAUAAGUCUGACGUUUUGAAUGCUUGUAAAAUACAUUUUAAUAUUUUGCCCAACAGAUUUCUAGAUCAAGUAUGGAGAAUCUUCUAUUUGAAAAACAAUCUAUUAUUUUAAACAAUAUUUUGUGCUGACUAGCUCGAUUACUGAGUCUGGUUUCAAUUAUGCAAGAGCUGCUAUAUACUUCCUUGAGCUUUUAAAUCAUAUUUCCUUAUGUUGUGAUGAAAUUGUUUUAUGCCAAAACAUUUUUCGUGUAGUGAAUUUACGUUUGUUUUAUUGCAUACAAGAGCUGUACUACCAACAAUAGGCAAUCAUCAAAAUAUAUUAUAUUGUCCUUGUACCGCUCAACACAGCUCCACUGGAGAUCCGUUUUUCAGGCCUUUCAAGGCGGAUAGCGUAUCAAUAAACAAUGAGCUUUUCAUUUCUUUUUCUCGGCAGUGGGUUUUAAAAGCAAACUGUGGCCAGCCUUGGUUGGUUAAUAAUGUGUGUUAUACGAAGACAACAAGACAUUUUUAUGAGCCUGGAGAUUCUGACAAUCCGAACACUACGGUAAGAUUAUGUUGAAAUACCCAGUGAAAACUUUAAACUUCGAAAUGAAAUUUAUAGUCAACAGACUCAGGAUUCAAGAUCGAACAAUUCAUCGCCCGUAAUAAGAGUUUUCAAAACCUGGUUACCAUAUGUAUUCCUGUAUAUUGAACCAGGACUGAAUCAUAUGGAGUCUAAUUUUGGGCAUUUCAUAACCUAAAACAGUACACUGAAUAACAACAAGUUCAAUUACUUUUGUAAGGAAUUUAAUAUCGUAGCUCAAUUGAAAAAGGUAAUGCUUUUCUACUUGUCAGAAUUAAAGAUAUGCUAAUUUGGGAAUUUAGAUCAUUAAGAAAAAGUGUUCCGUUUUUCCAUCUUCUUCCAAGUUUAUCGGGUAGGUUACUUAGGACGAUUGCACACAAACAAAGAAAAGUUCUACAACAAUUUUGGCCACCUCUGCUUCAACCAAGUAAAACUGGAAAACAUGUAAGCAAGACCUUAAAAAAACAGCCGGUUCAUUCGAAAAUUUCAAUUUUCUUCAGAAAUUGACUUUCAAUGACACUCUCGGCAGCAACAUAGUGUUUUUAAUGAGAUCAGUCGCCAAACUGGCUGCACCAUACGAAACUUUGUUUAAGAUCCGCCAGUAGGUGCAUAGAGAUAAAUUAACAAUAGUGAUGUAAAGCUAAACCUUUAGAUUAAGGCCGGAUUGGAUUAUAGUUUAGAGGCAAUUUGUAUUGUUUUGUGAGGAGAUGAUGAAAUUUCUAAGUAAGGUAAGACCUUUUCAUGGCUUAGCGCUUAACUCAUGGCGUAUCGUGGACUGCGAUCGGCUUUCUGUGGAAUUAUAUAUGCACAGCCGCAAAUGGACGAGACCGGAUGGAAAUAAUCUUGAUAUCACGAAUUUUAAUCUCAUCGCGGUGAAAGGCUUCUUUUUCGCUUAAAUCCUUAUUCUCUCUGCGUUUCUCUAGCUAUUGGCCCGGGGGUGGGGUACUGCCUUAUAUAGGCCAUAUAGGUAUAUGCCGCCCCAAAGGGCAUAUUUUGGCGCAGUUUUGAUGUGUAAACUAGUAUAGACUUUGCUCAUUUUGGUCUGGAAUCUGGUAUGAUUUACAAGGGAACUACGGCUAUACUGUGUGAGUGUGUUCGUCGUUUCAAUUAUAAAUAUUAUUAGUGAAUAAGAAAGAAAGAAAUCUUUUUGUUGGCGUUCUAAUCUCAGCAAUGAUGACAUGAUUUCUCUCAAUGUAAACACGUAUGUUGCGUUUUGUGACCACCUCCAACUCUGAAAACGGGUGUGGAAAAUGACAUUUUGUGGUCUGAAAUAGGGUCAGGAUUCGGAGAGCUGGGCGGCACACCCCCCACCAACAAUUCCCAUAGUACCCUCCACCUGGGGCUAUUGGGCACACACACGAGGAACAACAAAAACUGAAAAAAAAAAAAAGGCUUGGGGCUUGGAAUGAGCUUAGGCUCUGUCUCCCAUGAAGUCGACUAUCUUAGAGCUUUUAAAGGAACUUGUUCGCUUCAGCCAAGCUAUGUUUUAUUACACACAAUUUCUAUAAAGGCCUCUUUACAAAUGUUAAUCGGAUCUCUGAUAGUCAUUGCAAAAUCACUCCACGAUAGACUGGUAUUUGUGUUCGGAUGUUUUAUGUCCCAAGAUACUUUGACCACGUCCGUCACUCUUUCGUUUAUUGUUUACUUUUCACGCGUUUCAGACUGAGGCCGGAAAAACUAUCACGCAUCGGUUACGAGAAACUUUAAUCAGCCACAGUAUACAAGCAGGAAAGACACAGCGUCCAUUUCGUAUCAUGCAACUUUUUUUCGAUUUAGCAGGGAUUAACGCACGUCAGUAACAAUUUACGUUGAAUUUAAUUCAGCAAAUCACAUCCUUGGAUUUCUUCACGUGGUAAUUCGGCCAUAUUAAGCCACUUUUAUAAAAUGUGAGCAAAUGCUCAAAAAAGUAUUCUUGAAUGAUCAGGUUUAAGAGGGACUGGAGGGCGUUCUACGCAAGUCAGUAUUUCGGAGUACAUUUCUCAUCCACAUAUACUGAAGCGAUUUCAAGACAACACUUACCCCGUACCUAUUUCUUAUGAUGUGUCCUAUCCUUUCUUCCUUCUUUGGCGAGAGUAAAAAAGCAGAACUGGAAACGCUUGUCGACUGAUCGCUGCUACAUGUUGUUUUCUUUUAGAUUGAGACUACGUUGAUGGACGCAAAAAGCCACUGAAAUAGUUAAAUAGAUGAAUUGAAAGAGAAUACACCAAAGAAAUGUGUUUGAAUUGUGAAGACUGUUUUAAUACUAAAAGGGCCAUAAGAAGAUUGUAGGAAUACUUUGCUUGGUCUUCAGUUUCAGACAAGGUAUUCUGCCUCUAAGAAGCAACUGCAGGCAGCGCGGAAGUUUUACAAUUGAAAGAAAAAAGUCUUAAAAUUUCCCCAAAACAAAACCUUUGCUGUAAACGGUGUAAGUUAAUAUGUUUUCUUCUGUCAACAGGUAUCCAAGCUUCGUGACAGACACUGUCAUAAUCGGUUUCGAUGAGAUGAAAAUGCACAUGCGUAAAGGACUAACAUCACCAUGGUGACACUACUUGUUGUAGUCUUUGCAUUGAUGAUCAUACUCACUGCAAUCGGAAACACGACAAUUUGUUACAUAAUUUACCGCGUGAGGCGGCUACAUUCACCCUCCCACCUCUUCCUGGUCAAUUUAGCUAUAAAUGAUAUCAUGGUGGGAAUAUUUCUGCUGCCAUUUGGCAUCGCUUCCUUAAUCCAGGAGUCCAGCGUCGUUGGAAAGACAGGAUGUGAUAUUAUUGGUUACUUCCAGCACGCAUCAAGCACUGUGUCGGUGCUUACGCUGUCAUCCGUCAGCAUGGACAGAUAUCUUGCUAUAAAUGUUCCUCUAAAAUACAAAGGCUGGGUGACAAAAACCAGGACAAUAGCAAGCAUCGUCUGCAUUUGGCUAUAUGCCCUGAUAACAGCAGGUUUUCCCCUUAUAGGAUGGAGUCGUUACCAAUACACUCCCGGCCUAUGGCUGUGCGAUACAGACUACAACAUAGCAGUUAGCUUUACCUAUUUUAAACUAGCCACCUUGUACUUUUUACCGUUGGCGUCUAUCAUUUUUAUUUACAUUAGUAUUCUUCGAAUAGCAUUACGUCAUUCUAGACAAAUAGCGCGCGAAGUCGAGGCUUUACAGCAACGAGAACUGAACUCAGCAUUUGAGCCAGAAUCAUCAGCGGGUGAAUCAGCGAUCAAGGCAACUGGACAGUAUUGUGUGCGCAAGCCCCACUCUGCCCUGCGGGCGGACAUCAAAACUUCACUGACGCUCGCUUGCAUAGUUGGUGUUUUAUUCAUAUCAUGGACUCCCUAUAUGGUUGUAAAUAUCUGGUCUUUUCACUCAGGGUUGGAAGCGCCUGUGGUGUUACAGUAUGUGGUGUCAGUACUAUAUUAUAUCAACGGAGUUAUCAAUCCAUAUCUGUACGGUUAUAUGAAUCGAGUGAUAAAGCGAGAAUUUAAGACUAUGUUGCAAACUGCGCGUACCCUUUGCGCAAGGAUUAAAGAGAAGAAAGUUCACCCUACUGAGGUAACCUAG